AUGGCAUCUGACAACAACUACGAGUUAGUUUCCAUCAAUGACGACGUUCAUUUAAUUCGGCUCCCCCACAGACGGCGGAGCUGGGCGUACCCUAUCCCGGGAAAUUGGGAGAGUAUCAUUGGAUACCGACAGUCGAUUGGGUCGCUGACGGACGACGACCUCUCUGUCGCUCCAAGCGACCUCGACCUACGUUCAGCACCUCCAUCAGAGGUCGAUGUCGCGGAAUUGCCGAGGUUUGAACCCGAGACCGAUAAUUUGGGGGAGGCGGAUGAUGAGGUAGAAGAGUUUGAAGAAGACGACGAACCUUUGCCGCCUCGUACCAUCAUCCCUCUCCUACACAGGGAGAGGAACGAUCUUGAACCCAAGGCAGAGAGUUUGGGAGAUGGAAACGAGGAGGAAUUUGAAGAGAACGACGAAGCUUUGCCUCCUCGGACCAUCAUCCCUCACCCUGCGCGGGAGAGGAGCGAGUUUGAUGUUGCCAAGCAGGUCGUCUUCGGUCUGCGGACCCGGAAGGGUGGCCGAGUUGUGGUCGACACCUCGGACGACGAGAACGAGGAUAAUCCAGCAAGAAAAUCAUCUACCCGCCUAGAUGCGCUCCCCAGCUGGGAGCACAACUCGCUGCCUAGCAAGGAGAGCGCAGCGUCGACCUCCAAGCAGACCUCAACCGGAAUCACACGAAACACCGUUGGUCGUGGCCCCCAAAGGAUGGGAGACCACGACUCAUCUGUCAAGUAUGACUCCGCUGCCAAAGGGAAAGGCAAAUCGAGUCAGAACCUUGCACCAAGAGCGCGCAGCAUCCCCCAAACACCAGCGCCUCCCGCCGAGACAAGUGAUACCGGAGAACCGAGCGCCCAGGGGCAGAACGAGCCAGUGAAAGGACCGAACGAGUACGCGGUCCCCAUCGAUGUCCUCCACCGACUUCUUGGCGGAGUUCGGACGGAGGAUAUCGACAAGGAGUUCUUCCCAGCGAGCCAGGCAGCUCGCGUUGAGAAUGGGAGGUACACAUGCCUCGUUCGGGGAAAGAUUACGACGGAGGGCAAGGCCGUAUGGCAGAAGACCCACGGUACCUCCUGUGGGUCGUCGGUUGCGACACCUGACUCGUACCGACGCCAUAUCAUCGAGAGACACCUCGGUGUCAAGAGGGGCGAUGGCAAUCAGGACAAACGCAUCGAACAACGUAUCAAGAGCCACAACGAGGCAGUAAAGGAAACGAAAAAGAAGAGGAAAAUGAGCGAUGACAGCGACGCAAGUACGGAUGAUGACCGCCAUCAGCCGUCCAAGAAGAUGAAGAAGGUGGUGGAUGAUAUGUAG